UCAUGUCGCAGGGACCCAAAAAGGCUCCAAAAUACUGCGUACUUUCUUGACUAAUCAUCUAUUGUGUGCACACUUUUCGUAGACAUAAGUAGCCCAAAAUUAACGGUUUGCUGGUUAUCAGGGUUUGUGCAAACUUGCACAAUUUGUUUAAACCCAGGAUUUGGAUCAUGGACACCAUCACCAUUAUAUAAUCUGCCCAAAAUUUCAGCUCCAAUCAUCCAAAAUCUUCCACAUAUACAGUCUCUGGAUCAAUUGAUGGAUCUUGAGAAGGGCAAGAAGCCAUCAGAACAGGCUGCAGCCUGCAGGAUUAUGCAGGUCAAGGACAAGCUCAUCACCCUGCAGCCUGUGGUGAGAGCUUGUGUGUUCUUGGCAACAGCAGUGGCAGCUGUGAUCAUGGGGCUGAACAAGCAAUCCUACACAACAGUUGUUGCAAUUGUGGGCACCAGGCCAGUCACACAGACCUUCACUGCAAAGUUCAAAGACACUCCUGCAUUUGUGUUCUUUGUCAUUGCCAAUGCUAUUGCCAGUGGUUAUAACCUGAUGGUGCUGGUGACGAGGCGCAUUCUGCAACGAAGAGCGCAGAGUUUGUCUGUUCAUCUUCUUGAUAUGGUGAUCCUGACUUUGUUGGCCACCGGCUCUGCCACAGCGGCGUCGAUGGCUCAGCUAGGGAAGAAUGGUAACUUGCACGCACGCUGGAACCCGAUAUGCGACAAAUUUGGUUCUUUCUGCAACCAUGGAGGAAUAGCACUCGUGUCAUCGUUCAUCGGUGUCGCGCUCAUGCUGGCCCUGAAUCUACUGUCAGCAGCAGCCAACUCACCCCGCUCUAAUGUGACCGGCCAAUGAGUUGUCCAUAUCUCUCAGGACAGCUCAUUCAUGACAAAAUUAACAAUGCACUGUUUCUGUCUUUGGAUUGUACUCAGGUUAGGGCAGAAGAACUGUAAGUCUAUUAUCUGCUCCAUGUGGGAGCUGGAUCACAACCUUCAGUGAGCCAGUGUGCUAAAUUUGGCAUGCAACUGUUCCAUCUUGCUUGGCCUGAAAUGAGCAGGCCAAGAGUACAAACACAUAAACUCCAAUUGGUUAUGGGGCUUUAGCUAGAUCAAGUUGUUACACUAUUAAAUUCUACUACUUUGUGGGUGUAAAUUUUAUCUUGUACUAAUAGUCCUGCCAAUUUGUCCUCUUUUUUUUUUUUUUUGCUUAGGUGGAUGCAACUUUUCAUUAUUUAACAGGCUUGUCUGGUGAACCAUGGGCUUUCCAGACAAUUAGUACCUGUUGUACUGCAUUGAGCUUUGUUUUAUUGUCUGAGCAGUGAAGUUGUUUGGAGUUGCUUA